UGUUCGUCACAUUCUUAAUCACGUUGGCUUCGAAAACAACACGGUUAAAAAUAAUGGAAUCCACAUACUUCAAGUAUUUAAUAGUUUUGUUUUCAAAAUUAUAUUUGGUUUCAGUUCAAUUGCACAAUGGUAAAUACUGUCCACUACCCCAAAAUAAUGGUACGGGAAUAUGUAAAAACAUAAUUCAUUGCCCGCAUGAAUUAUCAAAAGCAAAUACUGGGAAAAUGGUAUUUGAAUCAUCAGAUUGUGGCUUGAAUGACUCAAUUACAAUUGUAUGCUGUCCUAAAAUACCUCAUCCAAAUGGUUUUGGUCCUGCUGCCAUAGCUUGUAUUACUCAUGAAUUGAAUGGUACACUUCCAAAUCGUACUUCACCAAUGAAAAUGUGGCAUGGAAUCCAGGAUGAAUCUAAAGGAUUCCCAUUUUUGGUUGCUGUCGGUCAAACAUCUCCUCUUACAAACAUCAUGAAUUAUUUUUGUGGCGGCUUGCUGAUCUCAGAUAAGUUUGUAUUGUCUACUGCUGAUUGUUAUUGGUUGACAAACAAAAACUUGACGGUGAAAGUUGGAUCAUCGAGAAUUAACUUUAAUGACAAUUAUGAAGAAGGAGCCCAGAAAAUUCUGAUAGAAGAGAUAAUAAUGCAUCCAGAGUAUGAUAACUUGAGUAAAAACAACAAUAUUGCGCUUUUGAAAUUAAAAAAUCCGGUAACGUGGUCCGAUAAAGUGAAACCUAUUUGCUUGCAAACAAAACCGGUUGAUAUUUAUAUGCCAGUUGAUGGUGUUAAUAUGACUGCUGUUGGUUGGAAAUCGCAUCAGGGAAUAGCUAAGUUACAAUUAAAGUUGGUUGCCAAAGAAAAAUGCUUAGACAAUUCGCUGGUCAACCACUUAAAUAUGAAUAACAACAAUGUGAUUUGUGUUGAACCUUUGAAAAAGGAUAACAGACGAGAAUUGAUGAAUAAUUGCUCAAAUGUCCGAGGACGUUUCAUUCUACGGUCACACAACAACGAAGUUUAUUUAGUCGGAGUCAACAUUUUUGCUAUUGAUUUUUGUAAUCAGCCAGUUGCUUAUAUUAAUAUCGAUAGGUAUAUCGAUUGGAUCGAGAGUAACGUUUGGCCAGAAUUAUUUUUUGUGUUGCAAUGGGCUCAAAAUUAGAACUUUCAGCUGAAAUAAUGAUGUUGAUAUAUAGAAAAAUUUAAU